AACGGGGCCUACAUAUGAAUGGAGGAACUACUUUUUUUGUCACAAAAGUCAGCAACAAAGAGAAUCUACAAUUUUUAGUUAAUCAGAAUUUUGAUUCCUAAUGUUCUGAAAUGUCAAAAGAAUCAUACCAGCAAAAAUUUUAGGCGAGAUGCAAGCGAUAGGCCGCCAGCCGUCAACUACCAACCUCCGCCGCAACAACAACCACUCUGCCGCCGCGAACAUACUUCCCGUGAUCGGCGCCUACAAAGAUGGCAGGUUCAAAGCCAACAGAAACAAGGAAGGGUCCAAUAGGGCGAUCAAAUUGGCGGAAUCGUUGACGAAUUUCAUCAAUCUAAAGAUCGAAACCGCCAGUAAUGACAGACGGAGCAGAUUCGCGAGCAUCGAAGACAAGGCGGAGGCUCCCGUAUCUUCCCCGAAGGAAAACAUUUCCGGCGAGUGGCGCGAACUCCAUGGAUGCCGGGAAUGGGAAGGCCUCCUCGACCCGCUCCACCCGUCUCUCCGGCGAGAGAUCGUCAAGUACGGCGAGUUCGCGCAGGUGACCUACGACGCGCUCGAUUCCGACUACUACUCGGAGUACAGCGGGAGCUGCAGGUACAGUCCCCGGAAGCUGUUCGACGAAAUGUCGCUGACGAAGAGCGGCUACAGAGUCGUCAAUUAUAUGUACGCGAUGUCGCGGAUCGACCUCCCGGAGUGGCUGGAGGCGUCGCGACUGGUCAACAGAUGGAGCAAGGACUCGAACUGGAUCGGAUUCGUGGCCGUGAGCGACGACGAGGAGACGCGGCGGAUCGGGCGGAGGGACAUCGCGGUGGCGUGGCGGGGGACGGUGACGCCGACGGAGUGGUACGAGAACACGCAGAACAAAUUGCAGCCGAUCGGGCAGGGAGAUGCCAGAGUGGAGCAGGGUUUCCUCAGCAUCUACACAUCGAAGUGCCCGUCGUCGCCGUACAACAGAUCCAGCGCGUCGGAGCAGGUGAUGAGGGAGCUCCGGGACUUGGUGGAUGUCUCGAGAGAGAAGGGAGAGGAAGUCAGCCUGACAAUCACCGGGCACAGCCUGGGCGGCGCACUGGCGGCGCUCAACGCCUACGAAGCGGCGGCCACCUUCCCCGGCCUUCCGAUCACCGUCAUAUCCUUCGCCUCCCCUAGAGUCGGCAACAUAGCCUUCCGGGACGAGCUCUACCAGAUGGGCGUAAAAACGUUGCGCGUGACGGUGAAGCAAGACAUAGUGCCAAGAAUGCCGGGCGUGAUAUUCAACGAAAGCCUCCAGAAAUUCGACGACCUCACGGGGAUGCUGGACUGGAUGUACACGCACGUCGGAGCAGAACUGAAGCUCGACGUGAGAGCGUCGCCGUACUUGAAGAGAAGGCCCAACCCCAUGGGAAUUCAUAUGCUGGAGACAUAUCUUCAUCUUGUGGAUGGAUGGGUGAGCAGGAGUUCGACCUUUAGGUGGGACGCCAAAAGGGAUGUGGCCUUGGUGAAUAAGGACUGUGACAUGCUUGUAGGGGAGCUAAGGGUACCCCCAAAUUGGUACCAAUUGGCCAAUAAAGGUAUGGUCCGUAAUUCUUGGGGCAGGUGGGUUAGGCCCAAAAGGGAACCAGAAGAUAUCCCUUCCCUCAUUAUGUAAAUAUUAUUGUACUACCUCCGUCCUACUCUCUUUGUCCACUUUUGACUUUUGGAAUUGUUCAUCUAAGCACUUUGACUUAUCAAAUUCUCUCAAAGUAAUUAUUUGUUUAUCAUUUUGACAAAGACACAAAAGAUGGCAUAGUUUAUGGAACUUGUAAACAUUGCGGGACCGUCAUAAAAAUGGGAGUUUCCGGCGGUUAUGGCGGUCCGGAAAAACACCUAAGGUCGAGGCAUCCCGUGGAGUACGCCAAAUACGAGGCCAAAAAAAAGGGACGACAAGAAGUGCAAACCCAAAUUUCUCGGUUUGCUAACAGAGGGAUGAACUUCGUAUAAUCAUUAAUCCUUUUGAAUUUGUUAUUGUUGAAAAAUUGAAUGCCGUAUUAGAAGUUUUUAAUAACGCAACUCUUACUUUUUCCCAUGUUUACCAACCAACUACAAAUACAUUUUUUAAAGAGUGCAUUACAAUCGCAACAUGUUUUCGUGAAGGUAUGGCUGAUCCAGAUUUGUACCCUUAUGUCUCUCCUAUGAGAGAUAAAUGGUGUACUUAUUAUUUGUACAUUCCUGAUAUUUAUAAAAUAGGUAUUAUUUGUGAUCCACGAUUUAAGAUUGAAAAUUUUAAAAUUCUAAUUGAGUAUUACUACAGUUGUUUUUUAGAUAAAAAUAGUUAUUACUACAGCUAUUUAGUAGAAUGGAAAAAUGAAAGAGAUAAUGCUAUAACUCUUUUUGAGGAUUUGUUUAAGGAAUAUCAAGGGUUAUACGGUACUGUACAAGAAGAAACAGCACCACCUCCGCCCCCGAAAUCAAAAAAAGGUUUUGCC